AUGACAAAUGCGGCCAACGCAACACCAACAACCAACGAGCCCUCUGAGACAGCUGGCCCAAGCGCAACUGUCAACCAAGCGGAGGCUCCUCCGACAGCGGUCAGCCAAGAUCCAAAACCUUUGAUGGGUGCGGAACCAGAAAGGCCAGCACCAAAUGCACAGGCAACCGCAGAAGUCUUAGUCUUAGUGACACCAGCGGGUGGGCAAUUGGAGACGGUGGUCAAGGAGGAUCUGGAUGGUGUGGCAAUAUUGGAACUUGAACUAAGAUCCAAAACCAAUGACAGCACCUGGGAUCCACAGUCGCACAUGAGCAAAGGGAAAGGCAAAAGGGAGGACACUCCAACAGAGGAGGAAAGCAGCUUACACUCUGAUGACAUGGAGCUGUGCUACGCUACUCCACCAUGUCCUGUUACACAACCAGCUAGGAUACGACAAGCACCAUCCCACGUAGAUUGUGUCAUGAUGCUGCAAGCAAAGGUCCAAGAGGUGUCUGUCUUUCAAAACUAUGCGGAAGGAACGGCUCUCUUUGCACACCUGACAGAGCUUGCAGCCAGCAAACCAGUGGCCAACCAGGCUCAAAGCAAACACAGGAAUAACGACAAUCAUCCUUGUGCAACCUCUAAUCAGCCUAGUCCUCAUUGGCUAAUUCAAGAAAACCUGUCAGAGUUCUCCUUGGAAACCAGGAACGGGCCAAUCAAAACAUGGUACAGCCCGCCAAAUUGA